CAUUCUCCGUUUUGUUCGCUUCCUCCGUCAGUGAAGCGUGGAUAGAGAGAGAAAAAUGGCGAGCGUAAGCCAUUUUCCUCGUGUGAGCAGUAGCUUCUCAUCUUCUCCUUCUAUAUUCCCAAUCAAACAGCGGACGAUUCCCGCCAAAAUUGGGCCAUUGAUCUCUCAUUUCAGCCUACAGCUUGCAGGCGUUCAGCAUAAGUACAGGCGAAAUGAGAAAUUUCUCAAGUCGGUGAUCAAAUGCAGCGCUGCUGAAGCUGGGGAUGGUUCUGAAUUUGUGAAAGAGAAAAGUGUUUCUGUCGUUCUGUUAGCUGGAGGCAGGGGGAAAAGGAUGGGUGCAAGCAUGCCAAAGCAGUAUCUUCCACUUCUAGGUCAACCUAUCGCCUUGUACAGCUUGUACACUUUCUCACGCUUGAUCGAGGUUAAGGAAAUCGUCGUGGUUUGUGAUCCUUCUUAUCAAGAUAUUUUCGAAGAUGCCAAAGAGAAGAUUGAUAUCCAACUCAAAUUUGCACUUCCAGGAAAGGAGAGACAGGAUUCCGUGUAUAGUGGCCUUCAGGCAAUUGAUUUGAACUCAGAUCUUGUGUGCAUCCAUGAUUCUGCAAGACCUCUUGUAUUAGAAGGAGAUAUUAAAAAGGUUCUUAAAGAUGCUAGGCAGAAUGGGGCUGCUGUACUCGGGGUUCCUGUUAAAGCUACAAUAAAAGAGGCAAACAAUGAUCGUUUUGUCCAGAGAACCUUGGACAGGAAAACUCUUUGGGAAAUGCAAACUCCUCAGGUUAUCGUGCCUGAGUUGCUUAGAAAAGGGUUUGAGCUUGUGAACAGGGAAGGCCUGGAAGUAACUGAUGAUGUUUCUAUUGUGGAGCAUUUGAAACAUUCAGUGUUCAUCACCGAAGGAUCUUAUACCAAUAUUAAGGUAACAACACCUGAUGAUUUAUUACUUGCAGAGAGAAUAUUGAAUUUGAACUCCUGAAAGUCCUCUUAAGGACUAAACAAGCAUUGGCUAAAUCUCUUAAUAAUCAAAAUAUCUUAUCAAUUUUCCCCCAUUUUGAAUGUAGCAAUGUAGUUCAAAUACAACAUAAUGUUAAUGACUAAUGAGCAUGAUUUUCGGCUUUUCAAGUG